UUGCGUAGAUGGCGGCUGUGGACAAUCAUUCGUCUAUGAACCGCCGAUAGUGAACGUUUCGUUUUAUUGGAUUUCCGAUAAAGGAUUAUCAUAAAUACAUUCAAACACUUAUUAUACAUAGUAUACAUUAUAUACAUAUACAUAUAAUUGUAUAAACGUUUAUGUUAUAUUUUUACACGCACACACACACGUAUAUAUAUAUAUAUAUAUAUAUAUAUAUAAUUUAUACAUAUAGACGCGCGCGCGUGUGUUAGUCCGUUUAUCGCACCGCACACAACGGGGGUCGAUUUGUAUAUAUAAUACAAUACUUAAAAAUCAUUCAGAUAAGGUCGAGACGAAAGAGAGAAAAAAAAAAUUCCGCUGCCAUUUUGAAACGCCCGAUGACCGAGUACUAUGACAGAUUGUUUCGGACUAUGCCGGUUAUUCGAACGGGAACACUCGAGCGGCAAGAUGGGUAACGAUCUGUCCAAACCAAACGAAAACUACGUAGUGGUACCGACCGGUGACAACAUGAUUCGCCGAUCGACAAACACGGCUGGUAUGGGUCCACUUAAUCUAGAAUGGAUUAAUUACUGUUUCGUAAAGAACGGACAAAAACACAGGACCGAUAAGUAUUAUUGUAUGUACGAAAGAAAUCCAACUUUGGUGGUACGCAGAGGACUUCCUAUUUGUUUUCACUUGAAAUUCGACAGAGAGUUUGACAUGGCUAACGACAGUGUGUCGUUUAUGUUCAAAUUGGCUGAAGCGGGAGAUGCAAAUUUUGGAAAUAAUACUAUGGCUGCUGUGCCCUUAAAGGGAAAUCCAAGUAAUGGCAAUGGCCAUUGGUCAGCGUACGUGAUGUCUACUGACGACGUGGACACAAAUGUACUCAGCGUUAGGAUUACUCCUCCGAAUAACUGUAUUGUGGGACAAUGGAUAUUUGACGUAGACACCCGAUCAGGACAAGAAGCGGCCAUGUUCUCAGCUCAGGGAAAUCCGAUUUACAUACUGUUCAAUCCAUGGUGUCCAACGGAUGAGGUUUACAUUAAGGAUGAUGCACUACGUGACGAGUACGUGUUGAGCGAGGAAGGACUCAUGUGGCGUGGAAGUCACAGCAGGCAAAAAGAAGUGAUGUGGAAAUAUGGUCAAUUUCAAAAGAACAUGUUGGAAAGCAGUUUUUUGUUAUUAUUAAAAAUCAGAAGAUUAGCACUCAUACACUGCAGUGACCCAAUAAAAGUAUCAAGAAACCUAUCAGCCGCGGUAAAUGCUCCUGAUGAGUUAGGAGUUGUUCAAGGCAAUUGGACCGAAGAUUUUUCUGGCGGCACCCCACCCAUCAAUUGGCUAGGAAGCGAAGAUAUUUUAAAUCAAUUCAUUAAAACAAAAAAACCUGUCAAAUACGGGCAGUGUUGGGUGUACGCCGGAGUACUAACUACAGUGUGCAGAGCUAUCGGAAUACCUUGCCGUCCAGUGACUGCAUAUUGCGCAGCUCACGAUACACAAAAUAGUUUGACGAUUGAUUACUUAGUCGAUGACGAAGGAAAAAUAAUAGAAGAACUACAAACCGACUCAAUUUGGAACUACCAUGUUUGGAACGAGGUUUGGAUGGCUAGACCCGAUCUGAACGUCUUGGACCGGAGCUGGCAAGUGAUCGAUGCCACACCGCAGGAGCUGAGCGAAGGCCAGUUCAAAUGUGGUCCAGCCAGCGUUACAGCUGUAAAAAAUGGUGACAUAAGAGCGCCGUACGACACGGCUUUCGUGUAUUCCGAAGUGAACGCCGACAAGGUGUACUGGAGAUACUAUGGUAUAUCUCAGCCGAUGAAGCUGUUGAGAAAAGAUACGGAAGCAAUCGGCAAAUUAAUCUGUACGAAAGCGGCUGGAAAAUGGGAACAGGAAAACAUUACAAACAACUACAAAUAUCCUGAAAAGACAACUGAAGAGAGGAUCACUAUGCAUAAAGCAUUAAAGCAAAAUAACAGCAUAUUUAGCCGAUAUUAUUUGAAUGAAGAUUUUAAUGAAAUUAAAUUUGAUUUUGAAUUAGUUGAUGAUAUUAUUGUGGGAGAAAAUUUCAGGGUUGCGGUGAGGAUCACGAACAAAGGUCAUAAAGAUUACACAGUAAAAGUGAUAUUGCGAGUUGACACGGUUGACUACACCGGUAAAAAUGGAUCUCUCGUCACCAAAGUCGAGCAAGAAAAAGUAGUGCUUCACGAUCCAGGAUCGAACGUCGAGUUUGUCCAAACUGCAUUGACAUAUUUUGAUUACGGUAAUGACGUAAAAAGCCAAAAUGUUUUCAACAUUUCAUGUUUGGCAAGUGUGGUAGACACGGACUACGAGUAUUUCGGGCAGGACGACUUCCGGGUCAGAAAACCAGAUAUUGUGUUUGAAAUGCUUGAUAAACCUGCCAUUUCACGUGAAGUACGGGCUACAAUAAAGUUCAGAAAUCCGUUACCCCUGUCAUUAAAAGAUGGAAAAUUCUUCAUCACUGGUUCAUCAUUGCCUAAAACUUUGGAAAUCAAAGUUGGUAAAGUUAGUGCAAAAAAAACAAUCAGUGUGCCAUUCAAAUUUACUCCACAAUUUACUGGAAAGCAAGUAAUUUCUGCGAAGUUUACGUCCAAGCAAUUGCAAGACGUCGAUGGUUAUUUGCAAUUUAUGGUGUAAGAUGGAUGGUCAAUACCCUAUUCUCAUGUAGGCAUGCUAUUGAUUAAGAGUCCAUCCCUAAAAAUAUUUGUAUCGUGUGAAUUGUUUUUUUUUUUUUAUUAUUAUUAUAAUCACUUUAAGUUAAAUAAUAUACAUGACAUUUUUAUUUUCUUCGACAUACAGCUAAUAUGCCAUUUACUUAGUUUUAGUGCUACUAAUAAGUUAGGGAAAAAAACAGAACUAGACUGAAUUUAUAAUAUUUAUAUUAGAAAUCUGGUCAAAAUUCGAUUUAUUUUACUAUAAAAUGUUUGAUGUAUUUUAAUCAAAAUAAAGCAUCGAUAUGGAAUAGCUGCAUAACUUAAGAAUUAUUUAUAUAAAAAUUAUGUAGUCACGAAGCCGUGAUUAUCUAAGGUAUUAAGAUGUACUGUCUAUAAUUUAAGAAUACAUAUGUGAUAUGUCUUUAGAAUAUAACAUUCAUAUGCUUAUUUUAUUGUAAAUUGUUUGAAAUCAGCACAAAAUUAACUUUAUAUAAUCAAUUUUAUACACGAGGAUUUGUAU